GGCGGCGCCGAGGCUGUGGCAAGGGAAGGAGCCGACUGGGGGAGUUUGAGGCGGCGGGCGGCGGCGGCGACCCCGACCUGGACCUGCCCCAGCACGGAAGUGCUCCGGGGUCUCUGGGGAGCAGGAGAGGCAGGCGGCGGCCGAGCUUGCGCGGGGCAAGAUGUUGAACAUGUGGAAGGUGCGGGAGCUGGUGGACAAAGCCACCAAUGUGGUUAUGAAUUAUUCAGAGAUUGAAUCUAAGGUUCGAGAAGCAACGAAUGAUGAUCCUUGGGGACCUUCUGGGCAGCUCAUGGGAGAGAUUGCCAAGGCUACAUUUAUGUAUGAACAAUUUCCAGAACUUAUGAACAUGCUUUGGUCACGAAUGUUAAAAGACAACAAAAAGAAUUGGAGAAGAGUUUAUAAGUCGUUGCUGCUCCUAGCUUACCUCAUAAGGAAUGGAUCAGAGCGUGUUGUUACAAGUGCCAGAGAACACAUUUAUGAUUUGCGAUCCCUGGAAAAUUACCACUUUGUAGAUGAGCAUGGCAAGGAUCAGGGUAUAAAUAUUCGACAGAAGGUAAAAGAAUUGGUUGAAUUUGCCCAGGAUGAUGACAGGCUUCGUGAAGAGCGAAAAAAAGCAAAGAAGAACAAAGACAAGUAUGUUGGGGUUUCCUCAGACAGUGUUGGUGGAUUCAGAUACAGUGAAAGAUAUGAUCCUGAGCCCAAAUCAAAAUGGGAUGAGGAGUGGGAUAAAAACAAGAGUGCUUUUCCAUUCAGUGAUAAAUUAGGUGAACUGAGUGAUAAAAUUGGAAGCACAAUUGAUGACACCAUCAGCAAGUUCCGGAGGAAAGAUAGAGAAGACUCUCCAGAAAGAUGCAGCGACAGUGAUGAGGAAAAGAAAGCAAGAAGAGGCAGAUCCCCCAAAGGUGAAUUCAAAGAUGAAGAGGAGACUGUGACGACAAAGCAUAUCCAUAUCACACAGGCAACAGAGACCACCACAACCAGACACAAGCGCACAGCAAAUCCUUCCAAAACCAUUGAUCUGGGAGCAGCAGCACAUUACACCGGGGACAAAGCAGGUCCAGACCAGAAUGCUUCAACCCAUACACCUCAGCCCUCAGUUAAGACUUCAGUGCCUAGCAGCAAGUCAUCUGGUGACCUUGUUGAUCUGUUUGAUGGUGCCAGCCAAUCAACAGGAGGAUCAGCUGAUUUAUUCGGAGGAUUUGCUGACUUUGGCUCAGCUGCUGCAUCAGGCAGUUUGCCUUCCCAAGGAACAGCAACAAGUGGGAAUGGAGACUUUGGUGACUGGAGUGCCUUCAACCAAGCCCCGUCAGGCCCCGUGGCUUCCAGUGGCGAGCUCUUCGGCAGUGCCUCCCAGCCAGCUGUAGAACUCUUCAGUGGCUCACAGCCAGCUUUAGGCCCACCUCCCGCUGCCUCAAAUUCUUCAGACCUGUUUGAUCUUAUGGGCUCAUCCCAGGCAACCAUGACAUCUUCCCAGAGUAUGAAUUUCUCUAUGAUGAGCACUAAUGCUGUAGGGCUUGGUUUGCCCAUGUCAAGAUCACAGGAUGGAGGAAGAGAAGAAAGAAGCAGAAAGCCUUUGCAAAAUGUUAGCACAGUGCUGCAGAAGCCUAAUCCUCUCUAUAAUCAGAAUACAGAUAUGGUCCAGAAAUCAGUCAGCAAAACCAUGCCCUCUACUUGGUCUGACCCCAGUGUAAACAUCAGCCUAGACAACUUACUACCUGGUAUGCAGCCUUCCAAACCCCAGCAGCCAUCGCUCAAUACAAUGAUUCAACAACAGAAUAUGCAACAGCCUAUGAAUGUGAUGACCCAAAGUUUUGGAGCUGUGAACCUCAGUUCUCAAUCGAACAUGCUUCCUGUCCGGCCCCAAGCUAACCCUUUGAUGGGGGGACCCAUGCCUGUGAGCAUGCCCAACAUGAUGACUGGCAGCAUGGGAAUGGCCCCUCUUGGAAAUCCUCCGAUGAUGAACCAGAGCCUGAUGGGCAUGAACAUGAACGUAGGGAUGUCAUCGCCUGGGCUGGGCCUGUCAGGCACAAUGGGAAUGGGCGUGCCCAACGUAGCCAUGACUUCCGGAACUGUGCAGCCCAAGCAAGAUGCCUUUGCAAACUUCACCAACUUUAACAAAUAAGAGAUUGUAAAGCAGCAGAUUGAAUGAAGAAUUUUUAGCUGUGCAGAUAGGUGAUGUUUGGAUGAAAAAUGCUAAUCAACUCCCCUUUCUUUUAUCAAUUAAUUAAAGUAAGCCUACAUAAAGAACCAAAAAAGCCGUUUUAUAAAAGUGAAGCAUCUAUCUAGUCUUUCAGAUGGACAGUCCAGGGCACUUCAGCUGAAGCGGGCAGAAUCAUUGUUUCCCAGUGAGGAAAGACUACAAGUGGUGUAAUGAGACCAUGGGAAGCCUUUACAAAUUGAAGAGCCUGUUUUAACAACAUAAUUUGUGGGAAGAUUGGAAUAGGACUGAAAAAAUGUGUUUGAAUCUCUAAUUUUGUACUUUACUUUUCCCGAGGAGCUUGAUUUUUCUGUCCCUGAAUCCCCUUGUCGUAAUUGGGUCUGUUCCUUUUACUACCACUCUUGAGUCCAUAUAUGAAAUCAUUAAAGUUGGAUGAUCAGUUUUUUAUAAAAUAUAUAUAUUUUUGUCCAAAAAGAAAAAGCGUACAUAUGUGAUUAUGGCUAAAUCAGAAGUAACUGGAAUGUAUAUACUUUUGCUAAUGUUCCAGCAACACUGCUGUUACACUCCCCAAAUUUUUACUCUAACACAGCCUCCUUGAGCAAUUGGUGAUAGCUAUGGGGCUUUCCCCGCAUCUUCUGCUAUGAUUCUUCUCUGCAGAACUAGGGAAAAUACUCUCUUCAGGACUGCUGUAUGGUUUCCUUUAAAAAACAAAAAAAACCUCCAGUGUUUUUGUUUGUGUUUAGCAGUCAUUAUUUACAGUUUGUAGUAGUUAACUUGGCAAGGCUUCCUUCUGUGUUCAUCCCUGUAGCCACCUCUUAACAGUUGGCAAGUCACAAAAGAAAAUUAUUUAUUUAUAUUUUUGGGGGUCUUUUUGGAAAAAAUUGAAAGGAUCAAAAUCCAUUAAAAACUUAAGUUAAAUAUAAAUGUUAGAGCUCAACAAUAUUGGUUUUUAAAUUUUAUACAGUAUUCAUUGUGUUUUGGUUUUGAGUGUGUAUAGUAUGGCGUGUUAGCAAGCUAUGCUUCCGAUAGAGAGGAGUUACUAAAGGAGACCUGUAGCAGUCAAAGAUUUUAUUGAUUUAAUUAAAAAUAAAAUUAUUAUUUUUUUUUUCUGCUGUAACCCUGCAUUAUGCUCAUAUGAAAAUCAUGAUUCUAGAGUUUGGAAUGCAAAAUUAACUGUUUCACCUUUAAGCUGGGGAUAUUUUUUAAAAUAAACACUAUAAUAUAGGUAUGGGAUUAUUACCUCCCCGCUUUAUGUUGAAAAUUUUUUUUAUUGAUAAAACUUUGUUUCCAUGUAUUCAUAAUGUUCUGUUAUUCAUAACAUUAAAAUGUUCAUUAAAAUCGA